AUGUCGGGCGGUUCCCAUGGUGUCCCCGGUGCUGCUGGUGCCGCUGGUGCCGCAAAAGAGGUGUACAAGGAGAAUUUGAACGAGGUGCUUAUGUGCCCAGACUGUCGCGUCACUCCCCCUACCAUCGUCGAGGAGUUCUCUUCAGGCGACAUGGUCUGCGGCGAUUGUGGCCUUGUCCUAGGCGAUCGCAUCAUCGACACUCGAUCCGAAUGGCGUACCUUUGCGAACGACGAUCAAGGCAAUGACGACCCUUCUCGUGUCGGUGACUCGAUGAACCCGCUGUUGAACGGCUCGCAGCUCGAGACGACCAUCGGAUUUGGAGAAGGAUCGCGCGCCAGAGAACUCCAGCGCGCCCAGAACCGCACGCAGAACGACAAGGCCACCAAGACUCUGCUUUCAGCCUACCGCGAGAUCACCACACUCUGCGACGCCAUGCAGAUCAACAAGGACGCCCAAGACCGAGCCAAGCACAUCUUUAAGCUGACCGAUGAUGCCAAGCUUUUCAAGAGCAAGCCCCAGGAGUCCGUCAUCGCCGCCUGCAUCUUCAUUGCCUGUCGCCAGGCCAACCAGUCCCGAACCUUCAAGGAGAUCUUCCAACUCACCCGCGUCCCCAAGAAGGAGAUUGGUCGUACCUUCAAACAGCUGGAGAAAUUCUUGCAGACCAUCCAGGAGAGAAAUACUGCCGGCUUGUCUCUACAGCCCAUGGACAACGGAACCGGAUCUACCAGUGCUGGCGAGCUUUGCGGACGCUUCUCCGCUCAGCUCGGAUUCACAAACCCCCAUCGCAUGGAGAAGAUCUCCAAGACCUUGGCCGAGAAGAGCUCUUCUAUCAAGGAUCUGGCUGGUCGCUCUCCCCUCUCUGUCGCCGCCGCCUGCAUCUACAUGGCAUCUCACCUCAUUGGCGAGCCCAAGAACACCAAGGAGAUCGCUCUGGUGGCCGGUGUGAGCGAUGGUACCAUCAAAACAGCCUACCGGUUCUUGCUCGCUGAGCGCAAUGCCCUCAUCGAGCAGGCCUGGCUCACAGGCAAGAUCGCUGGUGAUAUGAGCAGGCUCCCAAACAACUAG